AUGAGCUCGAGCUCAAAAGAUACUUUCGGACGAAAUGCACAAUUUUCACCUUUGAACACGAUAGCCGUGGGUUCCUCUGUUCCGGGCGGCUGCCUACAUAAGCGCAGGCACCGGCGUAGGCGCAGCUCCCCUCCCCUCCUCUCCCUCCCAAAUAAACCCCCGCCCUCCUCCGCGCUCCGCGCCCAAUCCCCGCUUCCCACCGGCGACGAAACCCUCGCCUCCCCUCCCCUCCCUCCCCUCCCCGCCCCAUCCACCGGCGAGACCGGCGCACAGCUCGCAGCGCGGCCGAGACCGCGCGAGCCCGGCGCCGACCACAACCGCGGCGAGGAGCCGAGCGUCGGGAGCGGCGGGCGGGAUCACGACAAGCCUCGCGCCGAGGAACGAGCGGCGGGCGGCGCCGAGGAAGAACCGCGUCGCGAGCGGCGGGCGGGAUCACCACGCGCCGAGAAACGAACCGCAUCGCCGAGCGGCGGGCGGCGGAUGGCCAAGGAUUUGCUAUGGGAACUGGCGCUCAUGGCGUGGCCUCUCCUCAAGGAGGAGGCCGCGGAGCUCGCCAAAAGCGUGCUCCGCGAGCUGGCGCGCGAGGAGGCCAAGACGCGGCUCAAGGCCGCCGUCAAGGCUGGGGCGGAGGGCCUCAAGGGCCUUCUCGAGGCGCCUCCAUCCACUGCGACUCCGGCGCCGGCGGCAGAGGUGGCCGACCCGCGUCGGGUGGAGCUGCUGGUCGACGGAGCGGCGGUCUGCAUCGACCACGCCCCUCUGCUGCUGCGUGGUGGACGGCUUCUCCAUCUCCCCCUCUUCGUCGACGACGUCGUCCUCGCCAGGGUGGCGCCCAGCCUCCUCGGUCGGCUCGGCCCGGAGAUGGGGCCGGCCGUUGAGGCGCUGCUGCGCGGCAAGCUGAUCGCCCCGGGGGUGCAGUCGGCUCUACGCUCCGGCCUGGAGCUGCCACCCGCCGUCAGGCAGAUGCUCGCGGCCAAGUUUGAGACGAGCGCCGUGCAGAGCCUCGAGUGCUCCUCGCUCAUCGCCUUCGCCGCCAGCCCUGCUUCCUCCAUCACGGAGGCGACAGCGGGUGCGGGUGCCCAGGCGCUCCCCAGCCUACAGGACUUCGUCGUGUGCGCGUCCGCUCUGGGGGUCAUCGCCCUCGCCCUGUACCUCAUCUGGAGGGGGCCGCGCGGCGGCGGCGACUGAGCGCCGGGCGGGGCGACGACUGAGCGCCGGGCGGGGCGACGACGAGGAGUGAACAACACAUCGCCCCCGACCCGAAUUUUGUGUCUGUCGUCUGUAGGAACUUUA